AUGGAGGAGAGCAAGGGGAUCCGAGAAACGAAUCGGAUCGAUUAUGUUAUCUCUUGGAUAGGUGAGUCUGUUUUUCGGUCGGCAGCCGGCACCCGCUCCCUUUCAGUGUUUGUCUAUGCGUCGAUCGUCACCUUCAUCGUCUCUCCGAUCCUUCUUAUCUUCGUCUUCUACUCCCUCCUUCCGUUCGUUUUCGUCUCCGCCGACUUCCGUAAAUUCAUGCUCAAAUGGCUCGCCCGAGCAUCGAACCUCCAGUUUCUCACGUGCGUCCGAUGGAGUGGAAUCAAAGGUAUGUCCGAGAUUUCUGCGCAUUCCAACCGACGGUUCCAGUCAUGAUGUCGGGCGAUAACCUGGGUCGUCUGGCCGACUGCCGGGCCCUCAUGCUCCCCAAUCACCUCGGGCUUUUCGACCAUUUCAUCUUCAUGACGGCCGCCGAUUCGUUCGGAGUUAACGCGGUCGGCCGUUGGCUUUUCGUCAUCUACAACAUGUGGCAGUACUUUCCGUUGGGAUGGCUCUGGAGCAGCUAUGGAAACUACUUCAUCGAUUCGGUGCCGCCCCACAAACGGGAGGAGACUCUCCGCAACCUACGACAGCACUUCGACCGUAUCUACCACAACCUGGACCUCCGCUGGGUGUGUCUCUAUCCGGAGGGCUCGCGGCUCUUCCUCAUCCAGAAGCGCAACGCGGAAUACGAACGGAAGAAGGGCCUUCCACACCUGACGCACUGUGCUUACCCCCGUCUCGGAGCCGCGCUGAGUGCGAUCAAACAGCUCGGACCGGACGAGUCGGACCCGUCGAAGGCGAACAACGGAAAAGGACCGCCGCUGCAGUACCUGGUGGAUGUGACUCUUGGAUAUCCGGAUGGGAACGUCCUUCCGCUGCACGAGACCUUCCUGUCGGCGUGGAGGGACAACGGCGGCAAGCCGUACGCCAUCCACUAUGAGAUCUUCGAGAUGGAUCCGAAAUGGAAGGAGGAAGAGGAGCUGCGCAAGUUUCUUUUCGAUCGUUAUCAGAAAAAAGUAAGAAAGUGACAAAAUCAGAAGGGAAGAAUGAAAACUUUCAGGAUAAGCUGCUGGAUGCCUACUACAAGACGGGCCAUUUCUCCCCGGACGCGAAGGAAGUUCCGCUCCCUUCGGACGCCCUCAUCAUCUCUUUUCAAUUGAUUCAGUUGGCUCUCUUUGUCAUUCUCACCAAAUGCUCGUUUUCCUUCAUUUAUUAG